CCCUCUCUAUCCUUCUACAGUACCAUCCUCCUCACUCUCACUGCUGCUGCUCCUGUGUGCGCUAGUUCGUACUAUUCCGAAUCAAUCGCCCCAUCAUGGAUCGAUCGCGGCGAGAAUCCCACGUUCCCCUCGAUUAAUCCGUUGCGAAUCCGCGUGCGCUCUUCCCUCCCCUAUAUUUAGCGCCCUCCAAUUUUUGUGUGGCGCCUCGCUGUCGCUGCUCGCUAACAAAAUCCCGUGUCUUUAGAUUCCUUUUUCUUUUUUUGGGUUCCGGAUUCCGCCUCGCUGCCUCUGUCUCCCCGCUCCGUCCAGAUUCCGGCGCCGGCGCCGGCCACGAUGCACACUUGAGGCUCUUGAAGAAAUGCUGUGCACGCCUCAAGUAAGCGACAAAAGGCUCACGUCGCAUAUGCAAUGUAAAGGAUUAGUCAGGGAUACCGACAACCGCUUUUCAGAGGACCAGCUUGUACACUGCCCGGUUUACGUAUUCCCUGAGAACAGGGACAACAAAUUUACAGUGUUUUCUCGUGGGCACAGUUCAGAUUGGAGAUUGGCACAAUUUUCGUCUAGCAUACAGGAGAUCAACAGGACAAGCUAUUUGACAUCAGGAAUUGCUGCUACAGAGGGCUUUGAGUUAAUACACUGGUUAGAUCAGCUGAAUGAAAAGAACAUGCAGGAUCGGGACAUUUUUUUUAAACCACUUCCCAAUGGAGGAACCACUUUAGGACAACAGCGGCAUAGGAAAAAAGUUAAGAAUUCAUUGACAACAUGCCCUACCUGCCACGUGGUUGCAAAUACCUCUUCCGGGCUUGUUACUGCUCCUCUGAUAUCUUAUUCUGAUACUUUGCAUGAUGAUGCUAAGCCUCCUAAAAGGAGUUCUAAGAAGAGGCGGAACAAAUCGAAACAUUGCAGGCAAGCAACCUGCGAAAAUCAUAAUUUGUUACCAGAACUCCUGUGUGAAGAGCAAAUUGAUGCCGCUUCUCCUCUUGAGGUGCUACUGCCUGAUUUACUGGCUGAAAAAUUGUCAGAUACCUCAUCCUCUGCCAGCUUGUUGGUCAAAGACACCCAUAUGGGCAAAGAUAAUGCCGAGAGCAGCAAUGGAUAUGUGGAACACAGAACUAUUCAGACUUUAUCAACAGUGGAAAGUGAUGGGAAGGAUGGCCCUGGAUCUACAGGUUCAUCUAAUAUAACUGUAGGAGAAAGAGUUAGCUGUGAAGGUGCUCCUUACUUGAAUGUAGGAGAAAGAGUUCAAUGCAGCAGCGAAGCCUGUAGCAGCAAACUGUUUCUUCCAGUUAGUUCGGAGAGGAGUGGGAGAAGAUCAAGAAAAACAUCUAGCUAUAAUACUAAUAGAGUUGUUGGUUCUAAUAGGCAUAUUCAUAGUGGAAAAGACAAUCCAGUUUCUGUGUGGCAGAAAGUAGAAAAACUUAACGCGGAAAAAUCAUAUGGAGCAGGACAUGAAAAUAAGAAUGCACAAGAAGACACAAAUAGAUCAAUGGAUAAACAUCGCUGUAGAAAAUCAUGCAAACACCAUUCUCCAGAUGUGCCUGUUGAAAUGGAGCUUACCACUGAAAAUAGUGCACUAAACUAUUGUCGAAAAUUUUCCAGAUGCAUGUACAAGAAGCAAGCGCCAUUUCUGUACGCUCCUAAGAAUUGUAUUCCCAAGAUGCCGAAGAACCACUCAGAACAGAUAGAAGGACUGUCUAUGUUACAACAGCUAGUGUGUGCUCACAACUUGGAUUCUCAUUUGGUGCCACAAUCUACGUCCAAGGAAGCAUGCACCUUGGUCAUUCAAGAUGAUGCUCAUUCUCCAUGCCAUGAAAAUAAGGCCAUAUUGACAGAUUUGGACUCCAUGAACUCAUGUGCCGAGGAACCCAAAGAUGUGAAGUCAUUUUCUGCUUCUGCACACAUGCCGCAUAAAUGGGUUCCUAUUGUAAAGAGAGAUAAAAUCCAUUUCGAUCUUCCGGAGGUUUCUGUUGUUGAAGUGUCAGUUCCAGCUAAUGAUGUUUCUGUUUAUGCUAACAUAGAUGUACAGAGAAAUGUUUCAGAUGUUCCUGCAUCAACUAAACGUGAAGGCAGCGAAGUCGCUACUGAGGUGCCUGCUAAACUGAACUCAUCUGGACAGCCCGAUUUGGAAUGCCAUGGACAUAUUGAAACUGUGACUGCUUUCAGCAAGAUAACAGAGGCAGUCAGUGAUGCUUAUAGGGCACAGCAGAGAGCGGAAGAUAUCCAACUUCUCGUUGGCAGGCCUCUGGCUGAUUUUGAACAAUUUAUUUAUUCCGCUUCUCCAGUUUUGCACUGUACCCCUUGCCUUACUGGCUGCAACUCUUCUUCACAGGAAUGCAUUACAGACCGCUCAUGUUUUCAUCAGACCGCUGAUAUCUCUCUAAGUAGCAUCUGGCAGUGGUAUGAAGAACCUGGGUGCUAUGGCUUGGAAGUAAAGGCACAGGAUCUCCGUAGAUCGAAAGGCUUCUGGAAUAGUCAUUACCAGUUUAAUGCCUACUUUGUGCCAUAUCUUUCAGCGGUUCAAUUGUUUGGGCAACCCAAGAGAACCAUUGGUAAGGAUGCAGCCGAUACGGGAGGUGCAAGAUCUAAAACAUCUUCAUGUCUGAGCUCUCUCCCAAUAUUAGCGAAGCUUCUACCUCAAGAGUCUAAUCAAAGAAAUAGCCCGUCCGCUUUGCAUAUUAAAGAUGAUCAGCAGUUGGAAACUAUAGAGCCCAUAUUUGAAUUUUUUGAAUCUGAACAACCAUUUUGGCGACGACAGUUAUUUAAUAAGGUAAAGGAGUUGAUUGAUGGUGCAAAGCAAUCAAAUUGCCAGAUAUCAGGAGACCCAAAGAACCUAGAGCUCAACCUGCAUGAUCUCCAUCCUGCCUCUUGGUACUGUGUCGCAUGGUAUCCCAUAUAUCGUAUACCUGAUGGGAAGUUCCAGGCUGCUUUCCUGACAUACCAUUCUCUCGGGCACUGGGUUCACCGAAGAAGCUCGUCAGACCAGGCUGGUCAUGGCCAUGUUGUUUUGCCAGUCAUGGGUCUGCAGUCUUACAAUGACAAGGGGGAGUGGUGGUUCCAGACAAGCAGAUCCACUUCAGAAGACAUCAACUCAACAGAUUCUUCGUGCAGUCAAGUAUCUCAGGUUCUGAGAGAAAGGGUGUCGACACUGAAGCAAGCCGCGGCAGCCAUGGCCAGGGCCGACAUGCCGAGCAAGGACCGGAUGCGCAGCAGAAACAGGCACCCGGACUACGAGUUCUUCCUCUCCUGGUGCCGGUAGACUACAGCCAUGUGCAUGGUGUCUCGGAACACCUCUUCCCUGAAACCGGAACCGCGUCGAUGCCGUUCUCAGAGGCUUCCAUGGAGUUGUAGGCUCUGUUACCCUGUAUAUAUGUGUGUUACUUACAUGUGUAAGGUGCUGCUCAACUGACAGACACAAGACCAGAGGUAGCUUACUAGGUAGGGGUGUUUACCCUUUCAAUUAGCUGCUGCCUGUAAAUAUUUUCUGCAAUGCAAACCAUGUAUAUAACUCGUAGCUGCAUACUAGUAAUAUAGAUCUUAUCAUCAUCA